CCCAUCCACUGUCUAAGGGAUGGAAGCGCCCUCGGAGGACGGGAGGGGGUGGGCGGAUCCUAAGAAACCCUACCCCGCAGCCCUUGGCAGUGGCUAAGGCGGAGCGCGCGGCUCGGCGGCCGGCUAGCCUUGGCGACGGCACUGGAGAAGGAUGGGGACCGCAACCCGGGCUUCGCAGAGAGCUCCUUGGAGGCGAGGGAGGUGCAGAAACUAGGCGUGUGACUCCGAGCAAAUCGGGGGAGGAUGGAUGAGGGGAUGGGAGAUAGCUAACUGGGCUGUCUCUCUGCGUGCAGUCCGCAGAGGCGCACGUCGCUGGUCUCCAGAGGCUUCGUCGACAACAUCGGCAGCGCCGAGCCAGUCUCGGGGCCAUGAGGAGCGCACAGGCCGCUCGGCCGGGAGCCGCCGUCGGGGCUGGCAGCGUCCCGCUGCGCUGAGGGCGUGGAACGGAGAGGGGCGCAGGGGGCCGGGCUGCGCUGGAGCGCACAGCCAUGGCGAGGGAGGAGUGCAAGGCACUGCUGGACGCUCUCAACAAGGCGACCGCAUGCUACCACCACCUGGUGCUGACCGUGGGCGGCUCGGCGGACUCGCAGAACCUGCGUGAGGAACUGCAGAAGACGCGCCAGAAGGCGCAGGAGCUGGCGGUGGCCACCCGCACCCAGUUGACGGCCGCGCUGCGCGACCGGGGCCUGGGCGCCGAGGAGCGCGCCGAGUUCGAGCGCCUCUGGGUGGCCUUCUCCGGCUGCCUGGACCUGCUGGAAGCCGACAUGCGGCGCGCACUGGCCCUGGGCACUGCGUUCCCGCUGCACGCGCCGCGGCGGCCGCUGGUGCGCACAGGCGUGGCGGGCGACUCGGCGGGCGUAGCAGCGCGCGCCCUGAGCGUCCGCAGCUUGCGGCACGAGGCGGAGGGCAACUUCGACGUGGACGACCUGCGCCAGCUGGAGCGCGAGAUCCUUCAGGUGAGCGAGAUGAUCCAAGAAAUGGAGAUGAAGGUCAACGUGCCCCGCUGGACGGUGCAGGCCCGGCAAACGGCGGGCGCCGAGCUCCUGUCCAGCGCCAGCGUACGUGUCUCCUCCGUGGGCGCCGUGUCCGUCCAGGAGCGCACCGGGCCCUGCGACCCGAACAAGGCCCUGGCCGCCACCGUUUUCAGCGCCGUGCUGCUGGCGGCUGUGGCCCUGGCAGUCUGCGUAGCGAAGCUGAGCUGACCGACACACGACUUUUUCCUGCCACUGCCGCUCCCUCCCGGGAGAAAUCCCUUGGGAACGACGGCAAUCGCCUGGACUGGAGAUGGGAGUGGGAUUUGGCACGUUUAAGGGAAGGGGUUCUAAAACCCCGUGUGUGUGUGUGUGUGUGUGUGUGUGUGUGUGUGUGUUAGGCAGCACAUGGUUUCCUCUUGCUGACCCGGGAGGAGUUAAUUUUGCGCGGGCAUCCAGGGCAUUACCGCUAAUGUAUGCAGCAGCUUUAUCCCCUAUUAAUAGAAAACCGUCCCACGGUGACCCCAGAUUCCUCGGAGUUAAUGGGUGACCACGUGUGCUGCUGGGGCGUGUUUACACGGAGUCUGGUGUUUGGUGCCCCCACCCCUACCAGCGAUCCCCAUUCUCUGCGUGGGUUAGUUUGAAAGGGGGGUGAGGUGAAAUGAAGUUGGGCCGGGGGAGUUGUUUUGCUGUGUGGGUGGUGAUUUGGUUUCCUGGACAAAACUAAGAAGAUGUAAGCAGGUUAUAUUACCUUAAUCCUUUGGGGCCUAAGCUUAGGAUAGUGUGCAAAGCGAAGUCCGUUCGAAGUGCUUUCUCUAUGGCACACCAUUGAGCUUCUUGGCAGAGUUCAUCAAUUAGUUACCAAAAGCAGCUAGAAGACAUUUCGGUUUGGGGUUCGGUGACCUUCCCCACAAGUGCUGACCCUACUUAGGAAACCAGACAUUGAAACUGCCCCCACUUGCCUAUUGCAAGGGACUCUUCCCGGUCAGCCUGGAAGGAGCACAAGCUUUGGGAAAGACAUAAUGCUAUUCAAACAGGCACUUUCUCCUUUGCAGGGGCUCAUGUUUGUUCCAGAACUAGACCAGAGUUUUAGAUCCUCCUUGGGGGGGAGGGCUGCAGAAUCCUCUUUGGAGCCGUUAAUCCUUUCUAUCCCUUGGAAUUUGCCUGCUGGCCAGUAGGAGAGCUGGCUUUGGAGGAAGCCACACAGCUCCCUGACCCUCACACUGACCCCUGAGAGGGUAAACCUCACUGCUGCAUGCCGUGGGACCGGAUUAGCCCCAGAACCGGGUUAGAAGGCAACAGCUUCCACUUGGAAAUUUCAGCAGCAUUUUAGAAACAAGAAUCAUUGAGGAAGAAAAACCAUAUAACCAUAUGUUGCCCUAUCAAAGCCGGUUUCUUAUAGAGGACAUUUGGCCACAAAGUCAUACGUGCCAAUGAGUCAAACACAGUGGUCUUUACUUACACCCUUAAGUUAGUAAAUAUACAUCUAUUAUGAAAAUAGAUCUUGAAGGCAGGAGGUCAUAGCAUAAACUAGUGGAACCACGCUGUACAUAACAGAGGUUGGGUGACCCCUGCUUCUGUUGCUCAGUGAGUAAAGAAGGUGGAAACCCCUGGGUCCCAGGCUGAGCCGUGCCACCACCGGCCGCCUGUUUUGCAAAGAGAACAUAGCUGGAGAAAUAAUGCUGAGAAAACACAUUUACUUGUCAAAAGGUAAUUUCGGGGCACCUAGGUGGCUCAGAUAGUUGGGUGCCUGCCUUCAGCUCAUGUCAUGAUCCCAGGUUCCUGGGAUCGAGUACCCCACUGGGUGGGCUCCCUGCUCAGUGGGGAGCCUCCUUCUCCCUCUCUCUCUCUGUCAUGAAUAAAUAAAAUGUCCAAAAAAGGGGGGGGGGUAAUUUGGAAUAAAACCCAGAGACUUUGGCUGAAAAUGACAAGGUAUUUUUUUUUUUUUCAUUUUUACCCUCAAAGUGGGAAAGAAGACCAAGAGGAAGGAAAUGACAGUUUCACAAAAGGAGCUCGGAGGGCAAAUAGGAGGGGUGCAGCCAUGGUGCCCAGUCCUGAGGUCCACCCUUCUAGCCCAGCUCGCUUCCCUCCUCCUCAGCACACAGGUUACAGUACCUCAGGGUGAAAAUAUGGGAUCUCCGUGUGUGUCUGUGAUAAUGGUCUUAAAACACCCACAAGGGCUUAAGCCGAUUAAAAGUUUUAUGACCUUAACUAAUAAAAGAAACACCUUCUGCCUCAUCUGAAUAGGAACCACUUUAAAUUCUUUUGCACCAGCCUGCUCAGAGUAACUUCAGAAAUGACAUAAAAUUUAUCGAAAUCCCCUCAUGCCUUCGUUCCCCUCCCAUAAACAUCGCAAUACAGAAUCUCCAUUCCCUUCCCCAAAUCUCAGUUUUCCCAGUAGAGAGGAGGCUGGGCAUUUUGUGACCCAAUGUUGGAAACUAUCCUUUAACACCUUUAUUAUACUCUCUUGUUUCUAAUACAGUGACUCUUCUGUUCUUACCAAGUUGUUUUGGUUCAUAACGACAACAAAAAAUCGUUCAGCAGAAUCUAUUGAAAAAAGCCCAUGAGGUGUUGUAUAAUCCACAGAGAGCAGUUGGGACAAAUGUCUUUGUUGUCACCCUUUCCACCCACUUGGCAGACCCUUGGGUAUUUAAUUGUAUGUGGAAUCAGAUGUGUACCUAAUUCGAGUCCUCUGGUCACUGAAAUUAGGGGUAAAAGGUUGCACGUGCACAUAGGGGCGCCUGGGUGGCUCAGUUGGUUAAAUGUCUGCCUUCAGCUCAGGUUGUGAUCCUGGGGUCCUGGGCUUGAGCCUCACAUCGAGCUCUGCUCAAGGGGGAACCUGCUUUCCUCUUUCUCUCUCUCUCUGCCUGCUGCUCUGCCUACUUGUGAUCUCUCUCUCUCUCUCAGUCAAAUAAAUAAAGAAAAUUUUUUAAAAAAAUGUUGCACCCACACACACACAAAAGCUGAAUUACAAUGAACUAUUUAUCCUGUGGACCUGUUAACCUAAAGAACUCUGUGUUUGAAAGUUUUAAGCAAUAGGACUAUUUGGUAUUAUUCGGAGUUCUAACAUUUCCUACUAGAACUUUCGCUAUGUGAUGCAAGAAGAAUCAGCUUCUGCUUGAGCAAUAGGCUGUUGUCACUAUAUCUCUCUGCUCUCAUUCCUAUGUAUAUAAUUCAAGACAUUGCUUUCUGAUAGAAGCCUGAUUCCAUUUAGGUGUUUGAUAUCAAAGUCAUUAAUUUCUAAAAACAUUCGGUAUGAUUUUAUACCAUGAUAUAAGUACAGGGAAAUUUUUCAAGAUAUUUAACAUAGGAUAUAUAUGAUGAGGUCAAAGUUAGAGUCUAUGGCCAAGAAAAAAAAUCUAGUUUCCCAUAUUAAAGAUACAAGUUAAAAAAUAGAUCUUUAUAUCUGAAAUUAAAUGCUAUGAUAAAUACCUGUAGAGAGAAAAUAACCCUGACUUCCCUUUUGGGAAAACGGUACUAUUUUAUCUGAUUUGGAGAAGACAAGCAAUUGGAACGUCAAGGCACUUACAGAAACUUUUAACUAUUGCUAGUUAUGGAAAAAAAAAUGAAACAUUAAUGCUUGUAGGAGAGAAAAAAAUGCCUGGCAAAUUCAUUUUUUGUGUGCUUGAAGAACUUAAUGCUUUUAAAAGCUUCAAAGGAAAGAUUUUUGAUAAAGAAAAUUAGAGCAUAACCUGCAUGGUUUACUUAAGGUUUACAAUAAGCUACAUAAGAGACGUGUGAUGUCAAAUGACAAGUCAUUUUGGUUUAAGAGUGUUUUGGUUUGCAUGAGGCUCCUGGUGAUGCUGCAUGGUCUGUUUCUACCUGCACAUUGGUACAUUUUUAGCUACUCAGUUGCAAUUCAGAGAUAGCUCUCCCUUCUGUAAUGAACGCUUGCUUGUUAAGGGUGUGAGCCCUGCGUUGAGAGCCUGUGUGUUAGCCUGAGAAGUAAAGAAUGUAAGACUGGCCUCUGUCUUCCUGUGGGGAGUGCCUCCUCCCUCAAGGCCAGAUCAGCUGUUGAUGGACAGGGACUCUGCCUCUUUAUCCAAGUACCUCAGAGAAGUCAUUGACCUUCCUGUGCCUGGGUUCCCUCCAUGGUGAAACAGGGAAGGAGCCCUGACCAAUGGACCCAAAGGUCCCUUCCAGAGUUUAAAACAUUUAGUAGAAAUCAGUUACAUAUCAAAAUGAAAUGUUACAGUUUGAUGGUUAUUAUCUAAGAUUCCAUAUAAAUUUAAAAAAUCAGAAUGAACUGAGCUUACUGUGAUAUUAGUCCAUGUCAGAAUUAGUGGAUGGACUUAAAAGCAAAUUUGUAUAAAUGCUAUUUAUUUACAGUACUUAGAUUAGGAAUUUAAAUUCAGACUAUAGGGCGCCUGGGUGGCUCAGUGGGUUAAGCCGCUGCCUUCGGCUAAGGUCAUGAUCUCAGGGUCCUGGGAUCGAGUCCCGCAUCGGGCUCUCUGCUCAGCAGGGAGCCUGCUUCCCUCUCUCUCUCUUUCUCUGCCUGCCUUUCCAUCUACUUGUGAUUUCUGUCAAAUAAAUAAAUAAAAUAUUUUUACAAAAAUAAAUUCAGACCAUAAGUCUGAGUCCAAGAAAGCCUACUAUUGAUUAAACAGUUGGUUUUACCCAGCAAUCAGGCUAUCUAAACUAAUUCUGGGAAAUUAUAGAUGUGAAACUCUCACUUAUCAUGGAGGCUGGGAAAAUCCUAUUCUGUGAGUAACCUGGAGCCCUCAGAACCAUGACCGCAUUGGCUGCCUGCUAUCAGGAAAACAUGAGCACGGCAUGGGUGGUUUUGUAUGUGGCAUCAGAUCCAAAGUGGAAUUAAAGGCUUCAUGUCAACUGUUCAUCUACCUGAAAUUGUUUAUUAAAUAAAAAAAAUUGGGGUGCCUGGGUGGCUCAGUGGGUUAAAGCCUCUGCCUUCUGCUCAGGUCAUGAUCCCAGAGUCCUGGGAUCGAGCCCCGAAUCGGGCUCUCUGCUUGGCAGGGAGCCUGCUUCCUCCUCUCUCUUUCUCUGCCUGCAUCUCUGCCUACUUGUGAUCUCUGUCAAAUAAAUAAAUAAAAUCUUUUUAAAAAUAAAUCAAUCAAAAGUAACAUGCAGCGUUUAUAACUUAGUUGGAAAAGACACCCUCAAAAAAUUCAGCUAUUGACUCUUGUGAUUUAAAAAUACAUAUAUUCUUAAUCUACUUUAUGCCCAUUUGAAGUGAAGUGAAGGUCCUGAUCAACAUUGUUACCCUUCACAGAUUUCAUUACAUAAAGAGAUAUUCAGAAAUUCUCUGAAUUUCUGGAUUCAGGAUUCAGGAUUAUGAAUCCCCAAGUGCUUCUGUACAGUAUGAUUAUACUUGUCUUGUAAUGUAGGAGGGAACCAGGAAGGGCAGUAGGUCUCCACAUGAGCGAUCUCUGGCUGUGGUCAACACAGAUCAAAGUCACAUUCAAAUAGUAUUCCUCAGUAUUAAAAACUGACUGAAGGUGCAGGAACUGACCAUAUGCUGCAGCCCUGUGUCCCCAGGGACAAGAUGGAGUUCUCAAAAAAGCAUUCUUUUCAUUUACUUAUUUUUAUCUCAUUCUUACAGGGGAAUCUGGGUGUUUUCAUGGCAGUACUAUGAGAUCUUGGGCACCCUUGUCUGUUGGUGUUUAUAACCUUAGGCUAAUAUGACAAAGGUAAACAAGCCAAAUGACAGCUCCCAUUGGCAAAAUGAUUUUGAAGAGUCCUUUUAAUAUGCUGUUGCCAGAAAGCAAAGUUGAAUGUCCCCUGCCUGUAUGGAUUGUUAGGCAUAUAGAGAUCUACAAGGAAAUAUACAGAAAUGAAAAUAUUUGUGAA